UAAACGCUUUAGCUAUUGAAAAAGGGCCUCCAAUUGUAGUUUGUACUGGAUUUCACAUUUCUACUAAAGAUGGUAAUCAAUUUAAAAAUAAUGACGAGGUUGAAAUAGUUUUGACAAAAGGAAGCAUGAUGAGUGAAGUAAAAGGCAUUGACUUAGUUACUAUUGGUAUUGGAAAAUUUGUUAAAAAUUUAUGGGAAGAUAAUAAAGAAUUCAGUGUUAAUGGGAAAGCUUCGUUAAAAGUAAAGGUUGAAGUCCCUAAGCGCUUUGAAUCACAAUUACCUACUUCAUUUAUGUUUAGAAGUUGGGGCUUAGCUUUUGAUGCCACUUGUUUUAGCAUUAGGGAAUAUGUUACUAUCGACAAAUAG